GGCCUUGUUGACUCACUCACUGGGCAGCAAGUGCUUAGUGACAAGCAGUAAACAAAGGCAGCGGCAACAGUGCUGGUGGCAGGGAGCUCCGCGGACAGACUUGCAAGAGACCCCUGCUCCUUGUUGGAAAGUUAUCCCAUGAUGAAGGCCUAGACCCGGUCACGGAGACUUUUGGAUGCAGCCUUUAACGAAGGACGCAGGCAUGAGCCUGUCCUCUGUGACACUGGCCAGUGCCCUGCAGGUCAGGGGUGAAGCUCUGUCUGAGGAGGAAAUCUGGUCCCUCCUGUUCCUGGCCGCUGAGCAGCUCCUGGAAGACCUCCGCAAUGAUUCCUCGGACUAUGUGGUCUGCCCCUGGUCAGCCCUGCUUUCUGCGACUGGAAGCCUUUCUUUCCAAGGCCAUGUUUCUCACAUAGAGGCUGCUCCUUUCAAGGCCCCUGAACUGCUACAGGGACAGAGCGAGGAUGAGCAGCCUGAUGUGUCUCAGAUGCACGUCUAUUCUUUAGGAAUGACCCUCUACUGGUCGGCAGGGUUUCAUGUUCCGCCACAUCAGCCCCUGCAGCUCCGUGAGUCCCUGCACUCCAUCCUGCUGACCAUGUGUGAAGACCAGCCUCACCGGCGGUGCACAUUGCAAUCGGUUCUGGAAGCUUGUCGGGUUCAUGAGAAAGAAGUGUCUGUCUACCCAGCCCCUGCCGGUCUCCACAUUAGAAAGCUGGCUGGCUUGGUUCUGGGCACCAUUUCCGAGGUGGAGAAAAGAGUUGUGGAGGAAAGCUCCUCUGUGCAGCAGAACAGAAGCUGCCUGCUCAGGAAGAGGCUGCAUGGGACAAGCAGUGAGAGCCCAGCGGCACAGGCCUCGGAGUGUCUGCAUCCUUGCAGAGUUUCAGAAAGAAGCACGGAGACCCAGAGCUCGCCAGAUCCCCAUUGGAGCACCUCAACACAUAGUCACUGCAGCCUCCUUGUUAACCGUGCUCUUUCAGGAGCAGAUCCCCAGGACCAGCAGGAGGGCCGGAGGCUCAGCUCUGGAUCUGUGUACUCAGCAGCAGAUAGCUCAUGGCCAACAACUCCUUCUCAAAAGGGUUUUCUGCAAAGAAGGAGCAAGUUUUCCAGGCCAGAGUUCAUCCUGUUGGCUGGAGAGGCCCCGACGACACUACAUCUGCCGGGAUCGGUUGUGACCAAAAAAGGGAAAUCCUAUUUGGCUCUCAGGGACCUCUGUGUGGUCCUGCUGAACGGGCAGCGCCUGGAGGUAAAAUGUGAUGUCGAGUCAACAGUGGGAGCUGUCUUCAAUGCCGUAACGUCCUUUGCCAAGCUUGAGGAACUCACCUACUUUGGCUUGGCAUAUAUGAAAGGCAAAGAGUUCUUUUUCCUGGACAGUGAAACCAGAUUGUGCAAAAUAGCUCCUGAAGGCUGGAGAGAGCAACCUCAGAAGACCUCCACGAAUACCUUCACACUCUUCCUGAGGAUAAAGUUCUUUGUCAGCCACUAUGGGAUGCUCCAGCACAGUCUGACAAGGCACCAGUUUUACCUGCAGCUUCGGAAAGAUAUCCUGGAGGAGAGGCUCUACUGCAAUGAAGAGAUGCUGCUGCAGCUGGGGGUCCUUGCCUUGCAGGCUGAGUUUGGCAAUUACCCUAAGGAGCAGGUGGAGAGUAAGCCAUACUUUCACAUUGAAGAUUACAUCCCAGCAAGUCUGAUCGAGAGGAUGACUGCUCUACGGGUCCAAGUCGAAAUCUCAGAGAUGCACCGGCUCAGCUCUGCACUCUGGGGAGAGGAUGCUGAGCUGGAGUUCUUGAGGGUCACUCAGCAGCUCCCAGAAUACGGUGUGCUGGUUCACCAAGUAUUCGCAGAGAAGAGGAGGCCAGAAGAGCAGAUGGCCCUGGGGAUCUGUGCCAAAGGUGUCGUAGUAUAUGAAGUGAAAAACAACAGCAGAAUUGCAACUUUACGGUUUCAGUGGAGAGAAACUGGAAAGAUUUCUACUUAUCAAAAAAAGUUCACCAUCACAAGCAGUGUCACUGGGAAGAAGCACACGUUUGUCACGGAUUCAGCCAAGACCAGUAAAUACUUACUGGACCUCUGCUCAGCCCAGCAUGGGUUUAAUGCACAGAUGGGUUCUGGGCAGCCUUCCCAUGUUUUAUUUGACCAUGAUAAGUUUGUGCAAAUGGCCAAUUCGAGUCCUGCACACCAGGCCCAGUCUAAGCCUCUCAUUUGGAUUCAGAGAUUGUCAUGUUCAGAAAACGAGUUGUUUGCAUCCAGGCUUCAGGACGCUGUAGGAGGCCUGUUGAGUACAUCACUGGAUAACUUCAACGUGGACGGCAGCAAGGAGGCUGGAGCAGAAGGCAUCGGGCGCAGCAGCCCCUGCACUGGCCGGGAGCAGCUGAAGAGUGCCUGUGUGAUCCAGAAGCCAAUGACCUGGGACUCUCUCUCUGGGCCACCUGUUCAGAGCGUGUAUGCAGGGUCACAGAAUAAUAGGAGGAAGAGCUUUACAGCUGAACCAGGCCGAGAAAUCGUGCGUGUGACACUGAAACGCGACCCACAUCGUGGUUUUGGUUUUGUCAUUAAUGAGGGAGAGUAUGCAGGCCAAGCUGACCCUGGCAUUUUUAUAUCUUCUAUUAUACCUGGAGGACCAGCAGAAAAAGCAAAAAUGAUCAAACCAGGAGGGCAGAUACUAGCCCUGAAUCACAUCAGUCUGGAGGGCUUCACAUUCAACAUGGCUGUUAGGAUGAUCCAGAAUUCCCCUGACAACAUAGAGUUAAUUAUUUCUCAGUCAAAAGGUGUUUGUGGAAAUAACCCAGAUGAAGAGAAGAAUAGCACAGCCAAUUCUGGGGUCUCCUCUACAGACAUCCUGAGCUUCGGGUACCAGGGAAGUUUGUUGUCACACACACAAGACCAGGACAGAAAUAUUGAAGAACUAGACAUGGCUGGGGUGAAGAGCUUAGUGCCCAGGCUGAGACAUCAGCUUUCCUUUCUGCCGUUAAAGGGUGCUGGUUCUUCUUGUCCUCCAUCACCUCCGGAAAUCAGUGCUGGUGAAAUCUACUUUGUGGAACUGGUUAAAGAAGAUGGGACACUUGGAUUCAGCGUAACUGGUGGCAUUAACACCAGCGUGCCCUAUGGUGGCAUCUACGUGAAAUCCAUUGUUCCUGGGGGGCCAGCUGCCAAGGAAGGGCAGAUCCUACAGGGUGAUCGACUCCUGCAGGUGGAUGGAUUGAGUCUGUGCGGCCUCACCCACAAGCAGGCUGUGCAGUGCCUGAAGGGUCCUGGGCAGAUUGCAAGACUAGUCUUAGAGAGAAGAGGCCCCAGGACUACACAGCAGUGUCCUUCUGCUAAUGACAGCAUGGGAGAUGAACACACGGCUGUUUCCUUGGUAACAGCCUUGCCUGGCAGGCCUUCGAGCUGUGUCUCGGUGACAGAUGGUCCUAAGUUUGAAGUUAAACUAAAAAAGAAUGCCAAUGGCUUGGGAUUCAGUUUCGUGCAGAUGGAGAAAGAGAGCUGCAGCCAUCUCAAAAGUGAUCUUGUGAGGAUUAAGAGGCUCUUUCCGGGACAGCCAGCUGAGGAGAACGGGGCCAUCGAAGCUGGUGACAUUAUCCUGGCCGUGAAUGGAAGGUCCACGGAAGGCCUCAUCUUCCAGGAGGUGCUGCAUUUACUGAGAGGGGCCCCACAGGAAGUCACGCUCCUCCUUUGCCGACCCCCUCCAGGUGCGCUGCCUGAGAUGGAGCAGGAAUGGCAGACACCUGAACUCUCAACUGACAAAGAAUUCACCAGGGCAACAUGUACUGACUCAUGUACCAGCCCCAUCCUGGAUCAAGAGGACAGCUGGAGGGACAGUGCCUCCCCAGAAGCAGGGGAAGGCCUGAGUCUCAGGCCAGAGUCUUCCCAAAAGGCCAUCAGAGCAGCACAAUGGGGCCAAAAUAGAGAGAGACCGUGGGCCAGUUCCUUGACACAUUCUCCUGAGUCCCACCCUCAUUUAUGCAAACUUCACCAAGAAAGGGAUGCAUCAACAUUGGAGACCUCUUUGGAAAAGGAUGUGAGGCAAAACUGCUAUUCGGUUUGUGAUAUCAUGAGACUUGGAAGUCCUGAAUUGGAUGGGGAGGAUGGGGAAGGUGACAUGUACCAUCCAUGUGGAGCCCCUUCUCCCACCUCGGAGGAUGAAGAGUAUCUUACCAUCAACUCUACAUGCCAAGGCCAGCUGCCCUGUGAAGAAUGUUUGGAGGCAGAUUCUGGGACCAUUCUCUUGCCACAGUUCUGCUCUUGGGGCACUGUCCCAGAGUCUUUGCCUCCAGAAGAGUCCCCAGAGAGUGGGAGUGAAUGGGAAGACCUGGAGGAGCCUGUGGACCUGGAGUACGGUGCCCUCAGGUGGGUAUCACUCUGACUGGGUGGGCUGGGGCUGAGCUCUGACAGCAGCAGGGCUCAGUGCUAUCAAGCCACUUCAGCUGGGGGCGGGGAUGGUCUGCGGGCAUUGCCCAGUUUCCCCUGCAUCUUCUCUGGGGGUCAUGCGUCAUUGUGAUGGCCAUUUUCACAGAGCACUUACUAUGGCCCUUGCACCAUGAAAACGACCUACAACAUGGGGACUGUCAUCAGCUCCAUUUCACACGACACAUUUGGGGCUUUCCCAAGGUUAUCCAGUGAGUAAAUGACAGAACCAGAAUUCAAGCCUGAUCGGUUCCCCACUCCACGGCCCACCUGUUGAGUGCCCAUCUAUUCUGACUCCUGUGUACAGGAGGGUACAUCUCUUUCCUCGCGUCUCUUUCUUUUGGGGAUCUAAAUGUCUAGUGCUGAUUCCUGUUUUGCCUGCUCCUACUUGCCCCUCUGCUGGAUGUACUGCAGAGAACAGUCUUGGUGUCCUGUCAUAGGGCCCAUCUUGUUGGACUGCUGUGGCUGAGUAUAGACCAGCAUCAGGAAAGUCUCACUGUUAAUGCAAGGAGCCACCGGAAGCUGACCUGGUCACCAGGCAGGGUCAGAAUAUAUUGAUGAGGACACAGGAGGAGUAAGGACAACAGAAACUGUCACACUGGGAGGAAGGGAGGUUAAAUUCUGGGCAGGUCUGUAACCACCCAACAUUCUGUUAAAGUACUUACAGUGCAUAUUUAAAAAUGCUGAAUGUUCCAAAAACUUUCACAUAAACAGAGUUUCAAGGUCCAUUGAAACUUACCAAGACAUCAGUCCGAGAAGUUUCAGGUAUAAUUGAAACACACUCCUCCACUUUCCUCCCACUGUGUCCCAGAUCCAUUUUCCUGGCUGUACAUAAGGAAGCUCAGCCACCACAAAUGAUUGAGCUGGAGCCUCAGAGGACGUGGUGGGCCAGCUGAUAAAGAGAGUGGAUAUUCGAAAUUAAAAUAUAACAAAAGGGCUAGUUCUUAUCUGAAAUAGGAAGCAACAAGUUAAUAGAGUGGAAGAUUCAGAGGCUUUGAAACCGUUCAUGUUCAUUUAUGGGGAAGUAGAACACUUUAUAACAUCGGGAGUGUACAUUAUGGAUUGACAGAAGUGUGGGCAAGCAGGAAGCAGCUUAUAUGCAGGGGCAGUCUUCUUGGAGCUGACUCCACAGGGCUGGGAAGCUAAAAGAAGAAGGCUGAACAAUUGGUGGGGACCACAAGGGCCAGUCCACUGACAUAUGCAGUGCCUCUGAGCCAGCCGGGAAGAGAAAGGCAAAAGGUGUGGCAUUGUGGUUGGGGGUGCUCAGAUUUGAAGCCUGGCUCUGCCACUCACUAGCUGGGAGACCUGCAGCACAUGACUUUUAAACUGUUCCAUAUGCAGCUGACUGCCAGAUGGAGAUAACCAAACCCACCUCAUGCGGUUAUGAUGCCAAGUGUGUAGUGGUAAGCGCUUAAAAAACAUUAGCUACUUUUAUCUUCAAUCACAAAGGAGGGAAUUACUCCAGUGAGAGGAUACAAGCUUUUUAAUGCAUUCAAUGCUGUUGGGUUUUUCCAUGUAGUCAAAGGAACUAGACAGUUUGCCUUGUGCCCUAACAUGUAAUAUGGGUCUGGGUGGAGAGAAACACUCACCUAUGACAAGGGUGCCAGGCUCUACCAAGUCCUCAUCUAUGUAUGGACUGUGGCGUGGGAUGUGCUCAGGGUGAGUCCUGUUAGAAUCACUGAUCCCGCACAAAAAGGAGAACAGGUCUCACCCUCCCCUGCAGACAGAGGAUGGGUGUGCCAACAUGAGUGCUCAAGGCGUGAGUUCUUAGUUUGGCUCCAUGCAGCAGCCCACAGGUGUGCUUCGUGGCAUCUAUGGGCUACUGCACCUAGAAUGUUGACUCGUGUGCUUCUUUUGGGAAAUGAAGAUCUUAACAGCCUUUAAAUUCUCCAAAAUGUCCAUAACCCCUAUAAGCUGAACCCCCUCCACUGUAUAUAUGAUCUCAUUUAUGAAGAGGACUUUGCCUACAGAGCAGUGCAGCCUUUAAACCUAAUAGCCAAUUAUUUCAUUUGGUCCUUUUAGACGUUAAGACAGUCCUAGUACAUAAGAUAGUUUCUACAUGUGAUUUAACUUAAUCCUCAUGUCAAUUUUGAGUGAUAUUCUUAUUUCUCUUUUUAAAAGGGGCUUAGAAGGUUUAAUUUGCCUGAGAUCACACAGGUAGGAGGGGUGGAUUCACACUACAUCUGUCUGGUUCUCCUUUUUGUGCCUUUUCACAUUUCCCCUGGAAUGUGUCUUUUCAUGUGAAUUUGUGUAACACAGGUCUUUCCACAAAGUGGCAUGAGUCCUACUUUUCUUUCACAAAAUAUUUCUCUUUUAUGAGGCUAAGAAAAACUCCCUUGUUCAGUGGUGUUAAGAAGAGGACGGAACUGUUCUGUUUAGGGAAGGCUGCUAGCAAAAUGAGGAGGCCACCCAUUAAAAGCUGCUUCUUGUUUUAGGUAAACACAGAGAGCAACCAUCUCCUGAGGCAGAGACUGAGGGUUUCUGCAUGGAAGUCCUUUUGACAGAAGAGCCCUCAGGUGACCUUGGUCCAAAGAGUGUACCCACUGGCUCUGCCACGGGGAAAGAAACCUGUAGGCUCCUGCGAAGGUGACCUGGGAUGAAGGGCCUGGCCCAGUUGUUAAGAGCUCACUGCAAGAAGAACAUGCUUGUCAAUUCCGAGACUCAUUUUGAAUCAUAGCUGUUGCCUCUCUUCAGUUCUGGGAUUUACGUCCAGCAAAGCUUUGCGUGUGCGUGUGCGCGUGUGGAAAGGGGAGGUGGUGAGAAGGGGGUGGGUGGCUUCCCUUUGUGAAAGGAAUUGAGAACCAACCUCCUCCUCAAAGACACCCCAGGCAGGGUGAGGUCUUGCUGCGGCACUGGCACACACUCUCCGGGACAAAUAUAGGGUUGUAGGGUGCACUUCGUAGUUCACCUUGGAACAAAGGAGUUUCUAUGGUUAUCACAGUGGAAGGACUCUGUAAAGGGAAUUGGCUCCAAGGUUAUGGGUGUAGUAUGUUUUGAUAUCUUUCUGUAUCUUUUCUAUACAACUCCACAUAGCUAUACAUUCUUUUAAAAGGACUUUCCUUUUGGACUUUAUACCUGAUUCUACAAAGCAUAUGAAGGAAAAAUAAGAUGGGGAUAUCUAGUAAAGAAAGCGGAGUGAUGUGGUAGAUCCAGCAUUACCCCAUAUUAGGACAAAGAACUAAAGACACGUGGAUUAGCAAACGCCCAAAAGAAACACUUGGGGGACCAGAGGCAAGCCCAGGAGCAUACCUGGUGCUGUGUAACAGAGAAAGCAGGGCAGAGUCGGGGUCUCAACAUAGUGGAAGGGGAGACAACUUCAUAGAUACAACUGGGAGAGCUGGAAAAACGAUUUAGUUUCAAAGCCCACUUCAUCUACUAGAAUCACACACACAUACACACACACACACACACACACACACAUAUCAGAGAAAGACUGGUAGGAAACAGGCUCUAGUUUUAUCAGAUCUGCAGAGGAAUGAUCACUCUUCCAGCUUACUGCAGUAGACCAAAAGCAUAACAACAAAAAACCUACAAAGCUGAGCAUAUUGAAAAAGUUUAAACUUCCGUACAAUAAUAAUGACAAAACUCAUGUAAAAAGAACAGCAAUGGGUUGGGAAAGCGUUUACAUAAUUGUGAACAAAGAUUAAUAUUUUUAAUAUUUAGAAAGCCCAUUAUAGUUUAUAAUGAUCAAUACAGGAUUUCAAUAGGCAAAAUAUACAAUAAAAUACAAAUGACCAACAAACAUACAAAACAUUCUAACCAAAACAAUGUCAAUAUAUUGAUUUGCAUUCAUUACGUUCACAAAAUUAAAAAAAAAAAAAAACUGUCCAAUGCUGGCAAAAUUUUGCUGAGGCUGGCAUAUUCAGAAAUAUCAAAAGCUGGGUAUGUCCACUGACCUAGCAAUGAAAUUUCUGAGAAUUAUCCCAUAGAAAUAAUCCAGAAUAGGAAAAAUAUCAAUUUAUUUAAAAAUGCUCACUGUAGUGCUCUUGAUAAAAGCAACAAAUUGGAAUUGGCUGAAAUGCUUUAGAAUGAUGGUAACAUUCGAGAAAAUGAUGGUACAAUAGCAUAAUAGAAUAUUGCACUGCCAAGAAAGCAAUAUAACUACGAAGAACUCACAACUUAGUCAAGUGUUUGAUGUAAUAACUCAGAAUUACAUGCUGGUUACAACUAUGGAAGGCCUCGCAGGCACAAGGAGAAGCAACAUGAACAGAGGGGAGCCUCAGCAAUGGAACAGAAAUUGACCAAAGUUUCGGUGAUGGGAUUAGGAGAAUACACUUUAUUUUGUCAAAAAUUACUUUUAUAUAGCUAUAAAUUUUACACUGAAAAUAAAGAGACUGAAACUGCAAAAUAAGAGAGAGAAAGAAAGCAAGAAUAACCAACCAAACAAAAACAAAGACCAAGGUUAAAAAAGUCUGUGCUUUAAAAUCUAAUUCGUGAACUCUCCUCUAUGUGCUUUUGUUUCUAAUUUUUCUGUUCUCCUUAUGACAGAAAAAUCUUGUAGGUCAUUUGGCUUCUUCUGCUAUUAAUGAAAAAGAUGUUUCCAGGGAUCUGAACAGCCUUGUUCUAAAUUCUCUCAGAGCUGAGGCCAGCUCCCCUGGUGCAUCAUUACAGUUUCACAGUCCUCAAGGUUAGGGAACUAAUCAAGUAUGCAAUGAAGUGAUUAAAUAACAGUAUUUACAAUGUUAGAACUGCUCACAUUCUGCUGAACACUGGUUGCUUAUUUCCUCUUUGGAAAAGAAAUUGGUGGAUACAGGCUCAAAAUACAUCUGGUCCUCCUCCUUAUAGGAAAGGACCACCCUUGACUCCCAGGCUGCCAUACUCAUUUUGAGCCAUACGUUAAUUUGUCUUAGGUGGACUCAAUUGCAGCUACCACUUGCUUUGUUUCAGUGCAAAUGUCAGAAAGAACAGCUAAUUCCUACGAGACUCAACUGCUUCCAUUGUUGGCUGCUACAUCCUAUAAACCUGGCUGUACUUGAGGAUCAACUACAGCAGGUGUUCAAAAUACAUAUUCACUGGCCUCAUCCCUGGAGAUUCUGAAUCAGUAGGGCUGAGAUGAAGCCCAGAAACCUGUACUUUUACCAAGCUCAGCAGAUGAUUGUCUCUGUGGCCAGAUUUAAGGACAACUGAUCCAGACUCUUCAAGACUUCACUUGUCCUUCCCAUCUUCCCUCCAUGCCAUAAAUAUUUAUGAAGCUCCUAUUAUGUGCCAGCACACCAUUGUUAUGAGGUUGCUAAAGCAUAUACAUAUUCAGCACUAAAUUGAAGUGCAAAAGUGGGCUUCCAAACUCAACAUAGUAAAGGAAUCAAUUCUCCCUAAAUUAAUUUUAUAGGUCUAAUGCAAUUCUUAUCAAAAUCCUAGCAAGGUAUUUUGUAAUCAUAGAUGAGUUUAUUCUGAAAUUAAUUUUAUAAAUUUUAUUUUAUAUUCAUAAUGUAAUUUACAUUAUACAAAUAAAAAUAUCUUCUGAAGCUUAAUUUGAAAAUGCACAAGCACUAGAAUAGCUAUAAUAUUCAAAAAGUAGAGUGGAGUGGGAGGAAUCACUGUAAUCAAUAUUAAGGCUUACUAUAUAGCUAGAGUAAUAGUGAGAUAGAGAAAUAGACACAUAAAACAAUGGAUCAGAAUAGAUAAUCCAGAAAUAGACCCACACAAAUAUUCCCAACUGAUAUUUGACAAAAUGCAGGAGAAAUUCAGUGAGGAAAGAAUUGGUUUUUCAACAAAUGGUGCUGGAAAAAUUGGACAUCUAUAGACAAAAAAAGAAAUGAUCAUUGACAUUAAACGUCACACUGUGUACAAAAAUGAACUCCAUAUGGAUCCUGGACUUACACGUCAAUGCAAAACUAUAUGAUCUUUAGGGAAUAAAAGGGGGGGGGAGGAAAAUUGUUGGGAUCUAAGACUAGGCAAAGAGUUCUCAGACUUGACACCAAAAGCAUGAUCUGUAAAAACAAAAGGAAAAAUUAACAAAUUGUUUUCUGUUUAUUUUUUUCUCUGUAAAAAGUCUCUGUUAAGAGGAUAAAAGAUCCAAGCAACAAAUGAGGAAGUAUCUGGAAUCAUAUAUCCAACAAAGGAUUGGUGUUUAGAAUACAUAAAGAACUAACAAAACUCAACCGCGACAAAACAAAAAAAUCCCAUUAGAAAAUAAGAAAAAGACAUGAAUGGAUAUUUCAUUGAAGAUAAUAUACAGAUGGCAAAUAAGCACAUGAAAAGAUGCUCAACUUCAAUUAGCCAUUGGGGAAAUGCAAACUGAACUACAAUAAGUUAUCUCCACGUAUGUGUCAGGAUG